AGAGGCUGAUGGGUCCCUGACAGAGGUUUGGGCAGGGAAGUGACAUGUUUAGAUGUGAGUGCGCGACCACCCACCUUGGGGGCCAUGAGGACAGAGAAGAAGGGAAAGAGCACAUAUCUGAAUGAGAAGUCCCUCCACCUGAUGGAGCGAUGCCAAAAUCUGCAAGCGGGCCUGGAGACUUUAUCUAACAGAACAAAAAAGUAUUCAGAGGAUGACUAUCUUCAGAUUAUCACAAAUAUCCAGAGCUGUCCAUGGAAACGACAAGUAGAAGAAUAUGAGAAUUUUAGGGCAAAACUCGCUUCCUGUUGUGAUGCUGUUCAAAACUUCAUUGUUUCUCAAAACAACACUCCCAUUGGGACCAACAUGACCUAUGAGGUGGAAAGUAAAAGCAAAAUCCAAAUUAGAGAAAACAUUUUUGAUAUGUUGCCAGUGUUUCAGCCUUUUGUGGGAUACUCUUUUAAUCAGUGUGCAGUGGUUGGAAACGGGGGUAUUCUGAAUCAGUCUCUCUGUGGAGCUGAAAUCGAUAAAUCUGACUUCGUUUUUAGGUGUAAUCUCCCCCCAACCACAGGAAAUGUUACCAAUGAUGUUGGCACUAAAACCAACCUGGUGACUCUAAAUCCCAGUAUUAUAAACCUAAGAUACGGGAACUUAAAGGAAAAGAAAGCAGUAUUUCUGGAGGACGUUGCAGCCUAUGGAGAUGCUUUCGUCCUUCUGCCUGCGUUUUCCUUCAGGGCCAAUACUGCGGCCUCUUUUAAGGUAUACCACACACUGAAGGAGUCUAAAGCAAGACAAAAGGUUUUAUUUUUCCAUCCCAAGUACCUGAAAAACCUUGCACUCUUCUGGAGGACUAAAGGUGUGACCGAAUAUCGCCUGUCCUCCGGCUUGAUGAUCACAAGCGUGGCAGUCGAGCUGUGUGAGAAUGUGAAGCUGUAUGGAUUCUGGCCCUUCUCUAAAACUGGAGAGAACAUGCCUGUCAGCCAUCACUACUACGACAAUGAGUUACCUAAACGCGGUUUCCACGAGAUGCCCAAAGAGUAUAAACAAAUUCUCCAGCUUCACAUGAAAGGCAUCCUCAAGUUACAGUUUAGCAAAUGUGAAACAGCCUGAAUGCCUUUAAAUGGGCAUCAUGUUCACAUAAUGCAGUUGGUGAGUAACAAUAUUCCCAAACACCGAGAGAGAGGGUUGUAGGGUUUCAUAGGAAGAGUCCCAAAAUUUGGUUGGCUCCAUGCUCCACACUACGUUUGCAACCUUAGCAACUCGUUUAAUUGUUCUGAUCUUCAGUUUCUCUUCCUAUAAAAUGGGGAUCAUGAAAUCUAACUCAUAUUAGGAAAAUGUGAUAAUCUAUGAAAUUUUUGGCAAGUAUUUGGUGUGAGGUAGGGACUCUAAGAAUAUUUCUUUGUUGAUAUUUUUAACAACCGUUUUCACCCUCACCAGAGAUAUAUUAAAAGGUAGGCUGUCUUAAAGACUCUUUUUGGAGAGAAUAGCUGAGUUGCCUAGUACCACUGCAAUUCUUUCUCUGGCAGGAACCUCUAUUCUCCAUAAAAUCUUUCCUGCCUUUCUUCCUAUCUUAAAAAGUACAUAUAAGAAAAUUGUUUACUUAAACAAAAAGCCUUUUGUUAUUCAGGAAUGACUUCUUAUGCUUCUAAUUACAUUCACUUGUGUCUUGAACUGCACUGUUGUAGUGGUUGUAUUUAGGCCAAUUCUUUUCCUCUUUUACAUUUAAAAAUCACUCUUUAACAUACCUAUAUUUACUACUUCAAGCGCAGUUACAGUUUUUCUUAUCUGUUGUCUUGUCUGUAGGGAAAAGCUGCUUCAUGCUGACCCUUUCCCAAGCUCUGUGAGGGAGAUACAAAAAUGACUUAAGACCUGCAGGAAGGAAGAGUUGUGUGUUUUGUAAACACAUUGAUGUGCAUUUUGUAAACACAUUGUGCUCAAUGUUCACUAAAGCUUUGAGGAGACAGUACUGUGAGGAAUGAAACAAGAAUGAUUCAGUAGAUUUCAGUGAAAUCUAUUUCAGAGUAGAGGUGGUUUCUGAAUUAAACCUAGUAAAGGAGGAAGGCCUCACCAAAUGAAGAAGAAUCUAGGUAGAGGAAAUUUGAUAGGAGAGAAAGCAGUUCCCUUGAUUCUGGUUGAAGUUAUUUGAGGGUAAAUCAUGGUCUUUGCCCCCCAAACUUCCACAUGAUGGUGGGAUAUAUAGCCCAUGGGGGUGGUGGGUUGAACCCACAUCUGUGAAAUGGGAAUAAUACCAACCUGAUUGAUUUCAUAGGAAAGUCGUAAAAACUAAAACCCAGAGAAACUUAAUUCUCAGCAAGGAAAGGUGUACGUUUACAUGAGAACUAAGACUAAUCAUUUAAACACCAAUAUGAAAUAAAGCUUAAGGAGACAUUGAAUACUAGCAUUUUCACUGCACUCCCUUAUGUUAUGAUGAUACAUGUUAAUGUAGUUUAUCCCUGCAGCUAUUGAAUAAGUUAUUUGACUUAAAUAAGUAAUUACGUGCACACUUUCCUACUCAUUUUUGUACCAGUGUGAGAAGAGCAGAAAUGGACAGCACGACAAUUUCAUUAUGAAUAUAGUUCUGAAUUCUUAACUUAGCCAGAUUAUUGUUUUAUUCAACAUUCACAAAAAAAAAAAAGAAUCUGAACAUUCACUUGUAAGAACACUCUGCUGCCAACUGCUUAUUUUGCAAAACUAAUCUUUAAUUUUUAGUUUGAUUGUAGUUGACUUUUGUGAUACUUUUCUUAAUUCACGUUCUCAUUUAUUCUUCUAUAGCAAAUGAAACCUAUUACCUCCAUAAAUUGGUUUAAAAGUUCAUAUAUAAAUAUUUUAUAAAAGAACCAUGCUUUUAGUUGCAUAGAGUCUAAUUUGUGUAUCCUUUUGUAGCAAUGAAUAAAUGAC